UCACAAAUGUCAGACAAGGAUCAGCUACCUUUCAAUUUUGGUGUCUUUCAUGACUUUCCCUAUCUCUUUCUUAACCAUUCUAUCUCUCUUCAAAACAAUUCUUUUUAUUACUUAAUUACUUAAUUGUCUCCUAAAUGAAGUAAAGGCAUCAAAGGCACACAAUAGUAAAGGCAGCAAAUCCUCCUCCUAGGGUUUCAACUUCAAUACUGUCUAUUUCCAUUUCAAGAACAUCUGUGCGUUCUAACCGGCACAAACUCAAUCGCCGUUCAUGAAUUCCCCUCCAGCGAAGUCUCCGCAUUUAAACGGCGCUCCGACAUCACUGUUAUUUCUCCUUGAUGAACUCAUCUCAGAAAUUCUUUCGCGGCUUCCCGUCAAAACUCUCAUGCAAAUGAAAUGUGUUUGUAAGUCAUGGAAAACCCUAAUCUCCGAUCCCUCCUUUGCUAAAUUGCACCUUCAGCGAUCGCCAAAAAACACCCACUUCUUACUGACACCAGAAUGGUCUAUGCCUGACGAGGAUUGGGAUUGCUGCGUCGUACCCUUUACCGUAACUGAUUUGAUAGAGAGUCCAUUGCUCAUCACUAGCAACUAUCGAUUGAGGAGUAUCACUGUUUCCUAUGGUCCUCAGUCUCGCUACCGAUUGAGGAAUAUGGAUUGCUGGAAGAUAGUUGGUUCAUGUAAUGGAUUGCUCUGCUUGCUCGGUGGUUUUUGGGCUACCAAGAAUAAAAUAUUCUGGCUCCGUUUUUGGAACCCAGCCACGAGGACAUUAUCUGAAAAAUUAGGUUAUCUAACUGAAUUUUGGAGGUUGGCUUUUGGUUAUGAUGUUUCAGCCAACUCUUAUAAGGUGGUGGCAUUCUCUCCAAACAAGGUUAAAGUUUUUAGUUUGGGUGACAAUGUUUGGAAAAACAUUGACUGUUUUCCAACGGUUCCAUUCGGUUUUCAUCCUAGUAGUCCCGGCCGUUACCCAUUUAUGAAUAGUGGUGUUUAUAUAAGUAGUACUAUUAACUGGUUGGCUAUUCGAAAUAAGUCUCAAUAUGAUUGGAAUGAUAUUACCAUCGAGCAAUUUGUGAUUGUCUCGCUCAAUCUUGGCACGGAGACUUACCAGGAGUUGUUGCCACCUCGGGGUUUUGUUGAAGUACCACCUGUCGAGCCAUCUGUAAAUGUGUUGAUGGACUGUCUUUGUUUUUCUCACCGUGCCAAGGGAACUCAUUUUGUUAUAUGGAAGAUGAUGGAAUUUGGAGUUCGAGAGUCUUGGACUUUAUUCCUCAGCAUUAGUUUUCAAAGUCUUCAAAUUUACGAUGGCAUUGAUGAUUGGCUGGCAUAUGGUUCUCAAUUGUUUCUGUUUCCUUUGUAUUUUUCUGACAGUAACGACACACUGAUUAUUGCAAGCAAUCAAGAAGGUGAUGGUUUUUACAACCAACAGGCAAUUCUCUAUAAUUGGAGAUAUAAUAUAGUAGAGGAAAUUACUUCAAAGCACACCGAGAUAUUGUGGUUUUAUACCAAGGAUUAUGUUGAAAGCUUGGUUUCGACCUGUCCAAAUAUCUAGAAUCAUAACUGUCCUGUCACUUGUGGUACGGGCUUGUCAUCAGGCAUCAAGGACCACACCAUCAAUCAACUUCAAGCACAUAAGGCAUUAUUGAUGGUUGAUGGCUUGGUAGGAAGUAGGGAAAAAAGUAUUAUUGGAGCUAUAUUUUCUUCUGUUUUAGUGCUCAUUUGGUAUAAGAUGUUUAUGGCUCUAUUGGCUCCUCUUUUGGACUACUUUGUAAGUAUCGGUAAAAUUUACCGCAAAAUAUGUUGUUUUACAAAUGUACUCCUAUUUGUGUAAGAGAGCAAGUGGGAAGAAUUAUUGUUGUUGAAACAUCCAACUACUUUCUGAUGAUAUCAACCUUGGUUUUGGCAACACAAUUGUUACUAUGUACAUGUGAUCCUCCCUAGACCCAACAAUACAUUAAACCACUAGCAUUGAGACACCUUUGUUUUUUGUUGCAGGUGAAUGAAAUCUGAAACUUCUCUGAAUAUUAUUGUAGUUAUCUUUGGAUUGUAUAAUAAUCUGCCUAAAAGUACAUUUUUAAAUAUUGUUCUCAUUUAAAAUGAGGCUGUUUGCUAUCAUAUUGGUGAUGGUAAUGUUGUUUAUAAUGAUGAGUGUGUAAGUUUAUUUAUGCUUUAGGAACAAUAUUUGGACAUAGUAAAUAGGAUUGAGGUGUGUGGGAAAUGGUUCAUUUGGGUGAUACCUGCUAAUGAUGAAGAGUUUUGUAUAAGGAUUCAACUUCAAGAGAGGGAUGGGUUUCAUUGAGGUUGAUAUUGAAGCACCAUGCACUUGGAUUCGGGGUGGUUAUUAGUGUUCAUAAAUUCGUACACCAUCCUUUCGUGAUUCUUUGUCACAAAUCCAAGAGGUUGUACACAUAGACUUCUUUUGGUAAGGGCCGUCUAGAAAUGCAUAUUUAACACUCAGAUGUAUCACAGGCCAAUUCCUAUUAGCAUCUAUAAUAAUCACCAACCAGAUUAUUUUAUGUCUAGCUACCAGUGCAAAUACCUUAAAGUAAUCUAGUUCAGGUUUCUGAAGAAAACCUUUAGCUAACUAACCUUGAUUUGUGUUUUACAAUUGAUCCAUCUAAAUUCAACUUCACCUUGAAGACCGAUCUGAUGCUGGUGGCUUUCUUUUCCGUUGGAAGCUUAGUCAACUCCAAAGUCUUGUUUCUUUCUAUAGCCUUAAGUUCUUCUUUCAUGGCUUUCAGCCAAACUUUCUUCUUGAGU